AUGUCAUUUUGCCAAAAUGUCUGUUGUACAUUAUAUAUUUUUACCUUAAUGUCCAGCCAUCAGUUCCCUUCGUAUUUCAAUCACACAACUCUGACAGGAAUUAAAUCAUCUCUUUUCAGUCCCAACGCUAACAGUAUUUUCAUAAGACUCAGCUUGGCUUGCAAAAUUAACACGCGUACUAUAGGAUAUUUGGAAAUGUCGCUAUAUCAUAGCCUAGUAUUUGCUAUCUUAGUCGUGGAAUUGAUUACAUUGACUUUGUUAGGUCUUCCACUUCCCUCGAAGUUUAAGAAACCUGUCAUCUCUGCCCUUUCGAAACCUUUCUUUUCUCCUACGGUUCAGAUAACAAUCAAAUGCUUACUAGCAUUCAUUCUAUUACUUUUCGUUGAUUCUAUAAAUAAAGUCUACAGCGUAGAGGGCGAAUUGGAUAAGCUAAAGGAAGUAGGUACAGGUACUCAUCCUCAAGGAAGAAUGGAGAUUUUAUCAAGAAAGUUCUUCUGGCAGAGGAACAUGUACUUAACGGGCAUUACUUUGUUCUUAACAUUUGUAUUGAGCCGUACCGUUAACCUUGUCUGGGAGUUAUUCGAGCUAAAAGAGGAUUAUCAUUUGAUCUUGAAAUCGGAGGAAGAUAAACUGGCUCCUCAACAAAAGGCAUUAGAAAAAGAAAUUGAAUCUGUAGAUGAGGAAAUUACAAGAUUGAAGGAGCAGGCCUCUGCUUUACAGAAAGAGAUGGAGUAA